GGCGGGACGGCGCGAAUCGAUUAUUCGCCGCCUAGCGCUCGGCCCGCGAGGACGAGCGUUUAAUUUUAGAUUUUCCCCCCGAAACGAUCGCAACGCCGGGAGAUGAGUGCUCCAAAAUCCUUAGUUAUUUGUGAUAAAUGUGUUUAGUGAAGUGCGGAGUGAGAUAACGGCGGGAUGGGGAACUCCUGCAGCUCAGGGCAGGCGCAUAAGGACAAGGACAGCCAGUCCCAGCAUUCUGAAGAGUACAAGUUGAAAUCAUCAACCGGGAAUGAAAGGUCGCCGUCCUACCGCGCGCGAGCGAAAGAGAGGGAAGACCAGCCCGCGCCGACGCAGUUACUCGAGCCUGCGCCCGCGCACCGGCCGCAGCUGAAGGGACCGCGCCCGGUCGGCUCUAGUGUGUCCGACUCCAUCUCCCUAUCCUCUCCAGUGACGUGCGCCUCCCCCCGCGAUGCCGAAGGCCCCCCCAUGCCGAGCGGCGUGGCGUCUCUGCCUGAAGACCAUAGAGCUCAGCUACUGGGCAGGCCGCAGCAGAGGACGAGGCGGAAGAAGGCCAUGCUCAUAUAUGUGUGUGCGGCAGAUUCACAAGGUUACGAUGCCGAAGGCCCCCCCAUGCCGAGCGGCGUGGCGUCUCUGCCUGAAGACCAUAGGGCUCAGCUACUGGGCAGGCCGCAGCAGAGGACGAGGCGGAAGAAGGCCAUGCUCAUAUAUGUGUAUGCGGCAGAUUCACAAGGUUACGAUGCCGAAGGCCCCCCCAUGCCGAGCAGUGUGGCCUCGCUGCCUGAAGACCAUAGGGCACAGCUACUGGGCAGGCCGCAGCAGAGGACGAGGCGGAAGAAGGCCAUGCUCAUAUAUGUGUGUGCGGCGGAUUCACAAGACUGCUGCGCGGAGAAAGGUGCGCUGCAAUGCGGCGCCGCAGCCCGCCUGCGGGUGCGCGCGCGCCGACGCGGCUGGAGGAUCCACGUGGCGGACCUACACUGGCGGUCACCGCUGGAACAACAGAGGGACCAUCGCUUCCCCGUGCUGUGUAUAGCUGAACUUGCACGUCAGUCAGAGCUCGGGGCAGUAGUCCCAGUGUUGUUCCUCAACUCUGGUCUGGGGACGCCGCUCCUGCCCCACACGCUGGAGUGCGCCGACUUCAAGGCGGCGUUGGACGCCGCUCAGGACGAGGCCGACAAGACGCUGCUCAACAAAUGCUGUGGACCGGGUACGCCCCUCCUGUCCCACACGCUGGAGUGCGCAGACUUCAAGGCGGCGUUGGACGCCGCUCAGGACGAGGCCGACAAAACGCUGCUCAACAAAUGCUGUGGACCGGGUACGCCCCUCCUGUCCCACACGCUGGAGUGCGCAAACUUCAAGGCGGCGUUGGACGCCGCUCAGGACGAGGCCGACAAAACGCUGCUCAACAAAUGCUGUGGACCGGGUACGCCGCUCCUUCCCCACACGCUGGAUUGCGCCGACUUCAAGGCAGCGUUGGACGCCGCUCAGGACGAGGCCGACAAGACGCUGCUCAACAAAUGGUACAGCCUAGACGAGAGCAGGACGCCGCCAUGCUACCGUCUCGUUCGCGGCGCGCCGGCGCGCUGGCGACGCGAGAUGGCGAAGGCGCUCAACGUGUUGGUCCGAACUCUGCCUCAAGAGGCGUGCGACGCGUACCUCACAACUGUAGUAGAACAGGAAGUCCAGCACACGGUCCUGAUGAGCGUGGAGGCGGCGCGGCGCUGCGUGUGGGUGUGCCGCGCGGGCGCCGCCGCCGCCGCCGAGCCCGACGCGCCCGACGCCGCGCACCACCAGGAGCUCACGAGACGACUGCACAAUCUGCAGAAGGACUUGAAGCUUCAUCUAAGCGAGCGCAACAUAAUCAGAGCGUCGGUCCGCGGGCGCUCCGCCCCCGGCGGUGAGGACGAAUACACUGAGGGCGUCCGUUCAGCCCUAGGCGAGCGACUCGACGCGUUGCUCGACACGCUUAUAAGCGAGAGCGAGGCGCCUGCUGGCUGUAAUGGAAUACCUACAAGCUUGUUCGACGAGUUGAGCGAACACCUCACAUUCUGCCAAAAGUCGGCUCAAAGUACCUCCAACCGGGAGAUCACCCUUAAUGAACUUAAGACAUACGUGACCGGCGACAGUCAAGUCCCACUGGCAUUGAUAGGGGGCGCUGGCUGCGGGAAGGCCACUUUAGUCGCCCGAGCGGCGACACUGGCACCUACUUGGCAAGAGGACCUCGCUGUUAUUAUCAGAUUCGUGGGGCUGACCCCGCAGUCGAGUAGCUCGCAUCAGCUGCUCAAAUCCAUCGUGGACCAGUGUCACGUCCUGCACGCUGGGACGCCAUAUCGCGGCAGGAAUGACGUAGCAUCACUGUCAGCGGCGUUACCAAAACUUCUCGGCGCACUGGGGCGCGCCCGACCGGCGUUACUGCUGGUCGUCGGCGCGGACGCGCUGCGAGGCGCGCGCUGGCUGCCUUCACGGUUGCCAGGCAACGUUAAAAUGAUCGUUACAGUCACUGAAGAAACCGACGAGCCCUCAAGCUCGGCAAUAAUGGCGGUGUUAUCCUCCGAGGACGGGCCUAAAGUAGUCCGCGCGCCGCCGGUCGGCGCCGACGAGGCGCGCGCCGUGCUCGCGGCGUGCGCGGCCGCCUACAGCAAGACGGGUGCGGCUUCACCGCCCGACGCGGCGGUGAAGGCUGUGCAGAAGUGCACCAUACCGCUUUACGCUAAGGGUUGUUACCUGCUGUGUGUAACUGCGUACAGCAAGAUGGGAGCGGCUUCACCGCCCGAUGCGGCGGUGAAGGCUGUUCAGAAGUGCACCAUACCGUUUUACGCUAAGGGUUGUUACCUGCUGUGUGUAACUGCGUACAGCAAGAUGGGAGCGGCUUCACCGCCCGAUGCGGCGGUGAAGGCUGUGCAGAAGUGCACCAUACCGCUUUACGCUAAGGGUUGUUACCUGCUGUGUGUAACUGCGUACAGCAAGAUGGGAGCGGCUUCACCGCCCGAUGCGGCGGUGAAGGCUGUGCAGAAGUGCACCAUACCGCUUUACGCUAAGAUCCUAGCCUGGCAAAUCUCCCUAUCAGCGGAAACCUUCACCGAGCAAUCGGAGCCAGAAACAGCACCAGAACUGGUGAUCUGCGAGGACCUGGAGGGCCAACUGACGCAGAUCCUGAUCACCACGGAGGCGGCGCUGGGCGCUGAACGGGUUAAGACGUGUCUGGCGCUGCUGACGGCCGCGAGGAGGGGGUUGGAUGAUACAGAGAUAUUGGACAUGUUGGCUCAUGAUGAGCUGUUUAGAAGUGAAGAGACAUACUUACCUUGGGCGCCCGCGUCGCUAUUCUGGCCGCAGCUGGCAGCGCUGCUGUCGCCCUGGCUGCGCUGGGACGCGCGCGGCGCGGCGCGGUGGCGCGACGCCGCGCUCGCCGGCGCCGCGCGCGACCGCUACCUGCAGGACUGCGAGGACCAAGUGCGGAAGACUCUGGUGGACUAUUACGAGGGCGUCUGGUACACGGAAAACGACCCAAAGAUGGCCGGCCGGCUUAUAUCGCAAGAAAACAAAUUCUCAGACGAAUGCUACAACACCCGGAAACUGGACGAGCUACCGUUCCAACACUACCACUUAUCCAAGAACGACCCAGAAUCAUUCGCCACGAGACCAUAUUUCACCGAACUCAGCUGGGUUCACGACAAGCUCGCGGCCACCGACUGCGGGCAUUUUCUGGAAGACAUCGCUCUAGUGCACUUAGACCCCCUGCCUGAACACAUUGAGAUACUUAAAGAGGUUUUCGAGCACCAUUCCUACGCCCUAGAUUACGAUCAUAGACAAUUCUACGGUCUCCUCCGAACCACCAUGGAGAAACGCCAACGGGAGGGCACAGAGAUCAAAACCAAAAUAGUCCACACAUGGGUCGAAGAAAUCUGGGAGCCGCCCAUACCUACCUUCUUCCCUGCCAAUGAGGAAUUCUGGAAGAUCGUAGAGACGAAGGAGAAGAGAGAUUUGACUAUGGUCGCUGGGUUUGAUAGUAAGACGUACGAUUUGAUUGUGAGGUUCGACACAAGAGGGAAGUUUGUGGCGACAGUGUCGACGGAACGGGAGGAGAUAUGCGUUUGGGAUGUCGCGCUAUGUAAACUAGUUCGAAAGAUCACCGGUGUCACCCAGCCAAUAAACCUGGUGCCCAUCGACGAGUACCGCUGCGUGGUGCUAUGUAAACGAGAGCUGAAGGUUUAUGACCUCAAUCAGGGUAAAUUCGUGGUAUCCCUAAAAGGCGUGAUGAACCAGAAGAUGCCUUACUACGGCCUCCACGACUCCAAGCACCUCGUCGCCCUAUCUCGCAACAGGAUGUACGUCAACCUGAUGAACAUCGAGACUGGGGACUGUGUCACCACUUUCAAGGCUGGCGAGGACAGGUUCCUGAAUUCGCUGCUUGUAUCCGGCGAUGGAAGGGUGCUGGUAUGCGGAGACGAGACGCAAAAGCCGUUCCCACUACUCGUUUGGUCACUGACGUCACGGAAACUUCUCUACGACUUACGUAUACCGCACCAUGACUUUGUCACGUCGAAGGCUGCUAUCACGUAUGAAGGUUCAUACGUGUGCGUGGUCUCUCGUGAACUAGACGAGCCGAGCCCCAACUUCAUCGUGGUCUACGAUCUCCAGUCAGGCACACUCUUCAAGAAGUGGAAGCCUGGAUGUGACACGGUAGCCCUGGCUAUCAGCUCGGCUGACGGCUGCGUGGUGUCAGGGUUGGCUGAUACUAGGAUACUGGUGUGGGAUCUGGUCACAGGGAACUGCCGCCUUACACUCCGCGGGCACGGCGCGGCGCCGGCCCGGCUCCGGCUGGCGCGCGCCGGCGGCGUGCUGCUGUCGGCGGACGACGCGUGCCGGGACCUGUCUGUGCGUCUCUGGGACUUGCAUACAGGAAAGCUAAUAGCAGUAUACACACCGCCCGAACGUAUCACCUCCUGCGAGGUGCUGCUAGGGGGCUCCGUACUGGCGCUGGCGCUAGAAAACUACAAGGAGGUCCUUUGUGUCAAGCUCUGCGGACCGCCCGUGGAUUCAGUCACGCAGGGCCGCGACGCAGAGUACGACGACCGGCCGUACGGCGAUCCGGCGCUAGAGGGCCGUACGUUCGACGUCCGGGGCGCGGAGAGCUGCUGAUAGGACCGUGUCCGUAUCCGUGUCGCCUUCGGCCAUUUCAGGACUUGUCUCUACACCUGCAAUGCGAUUCUAAAUCCUUUUUUUUAUGCAUUUCGAAUCUCAAAUUAGGCCAAUAAUGAAACAGUAGCUAAUAUUUAAAUGUGAACAUAUAAGCUAAUUUAGGAAGCUAUAAUAAAAUAAACCAUAAAAAAUUAAGGUGUCAUUUCCAACGACAGCUGCAUUACUGUUCAUUUUACUAUGGAAUUUGACAAUGACAGCGACGCGUUCAGUACCGGUAGUGCAGCUGCGGUUAGAAAUGGAAUGUUACCAUUAUUCGGCGCACAAUGGUUCAUAAAUGAGGCAUUAUCUAUGAAAAGGGACGUUAUUGUCGAUGGCGCUUCGCCGCAUAGCGUCGCGCGGCAUUGUUAUUAUAUCGAAGCUCGAGAUCGUUAAUAAUGGCGUAAGCGCCUUCGAUAAGGUCCCUUUUCAUAGAUAACGUUAUAAAUUACCCUAAUAUUCUGUAAAAAGGUUCCCAACGUAAUCGAUAUGGUCUAAAAUGAAUGCAAAAAGAAAUACAUAUUUAAAGUUGCCAACAAAUAAAAAGAAAAGCAUAGCACGGUGUAGGCUGAGUCCUUAAGUAUACAUUUGUAACAUCUAAGCACUUUUAAACUUAUAUGAAAAUGUUACCCUAGUAAAAAACCUUAACCUUAAAGUGUGACGUAAUAAUUUCGUAUGGAAGUAUUACUACUGACCAAAAAAGGGUAAAUAAAGAACCAAUAUUAUAUGUAAUGUAAUAUAGGUACGGUCGUGUAAUAUAUAUCUGAGCGGCCAAGUUUCUCACUAAUAUCUGAACACGACGCCUCUAUUGUCACGGCGUUUUAAAUAUUUUUGAGCACCCCGGCCGCUCCGAUAUAUCUGAUGGCGGCUGUACAUAGAUUGUUUCUUUAUUUAAGCCUAAGAAUUGAUGAAUUUGCUUAAUAUUUAAAUAAAACAAAUUAAUAAUAAAGACAUGCCGAGUUGGGCUCAAAUAAUAUUUUAACGGUUGCAAAUGUAGGUAUUUGAUUAAGGCUCAUUGGUGACGAGAUGCCAUUUCUGGGGAAAUUGUCUAUGGUUACAAAA